AUGUGACUCUGGAUAAUUAGACCUCAAAACGGAAUUACUCAUCAUCCAAUUUGACCGUCCGUAUGCGGCUCAGAAAAGUGUCUGUGACAAGGACUUUCAUGUGGAUAAAUUAAAUACUAUACUCAACAUAAAGUGAAUCAAAAUGUUUGUGGAAAAAGUGCUGGAACGCGCCACCAAGUCGGAGCUGUGCUCGAUCCUGAUCCUCCUGGUGAUCAGCCUGAGUAUCUACACCUUCUACGCCACCCUCAGCUCGUAUCUGAGAUCGGUGAUUCUAUCACUAAGACUCACGGGUCCACCGUCGCUGCCAUUUCUGGGGAACUGCAUGCUGGUCACCGAUAAGGACUUAAUGAGAAAAUGUGCAGGCAAGGCCUAUGUUCUCUACGGAUCUCUAGUCCGUAUUUGGGUGCUCCUCUUCCCAUUCUUUGCCGUACUGCAGCCGGAGGAUCUGCAGGUGAUACUCUCCUCCAAGAAGCACACCAACAAGGUUUUCUUCUACCGACUGAUGCACAACUUCCUGGGCGAUGGCCUGAUCACCAGCAGUGGCUCCAAGUGGAGCAACCAUCGCCGGCUCAUCCAGCCAGCCUUUCAUCACAAUCUGUUGGAGAAGUUCAUAGACACCUUCGUGGAUGCCUCGCAGUCGCUGUACGAGAAUCUGGAUGCCUCCGCCGUGGGCAUAGAGAUCAACAUCGCCAAGUAUGUGAAUAGCUGCGUGCUGGACAUUCUAAAUGAAGCUGUUUUGGGUGUGCCCAUCAAGAAGAGGGGUGAGGACAUGGUCAGCAUGGAGGACUCACCCUUCCGCCAGGGUAAGCUUAUGAUGCCCGCGCGAUUUACGCAUCCCUGGCUGCUGCUGGACGGGAUCUACCACUGGACCAAGAUGGCCAACGAUGAGCUGAACCAGAAGAAGCGCCUCAACGACUUCACCCGCAAGAUGAUUCAGCGGCGUCGCCAGAUCCAGAACAAUAACAAUGGGAAUGGCGAGCGGAAGUGCCUGCUGGACCACAUGAUCGAGAUCUGCGAGAGCAAUCCGGACUUCACGGAGGAGGACAUUGUGAACGAGGCCUGCACCUUCAUGUUGGCUGGCCAGGAUUCGGUGGGUGCGGCUGUGGCCUUCACCCUCUUCCUGCUGACCCAGAAUCCCGACUGCCAGGAGCGAUGUCACCAGGAGUUGGAGUCGAUCUUCGAGGGCAGUAACAGGGCUCCCUCGAUGAGUGACCUGCACGAGAUGCGCUACAUGGAGAUGUGUAUCAAGGAGGCACUGCGUCUCUAUCCCAGUGUCCCGCUGAUUGCCCGAAAACUGGGCGAAGAGGUUCGUUUGGCGAAUCAUACUCUGCCCGCCGGCAGCAACGUCUUCAUCUGCCCUUAUGCCACCCAUCGGCUUGCCCACAUCUACCCAGAUCCGGAGAAGUUCCAGCCGGAAAGGUUCUCGCCGGAGAACUCGGAGCAGCGCCACCCGUACGCCUUCAUCCCGUUCAGCGCCGGACCGAGGUACUGCAUCGGCAACCGGUUCGCCAUCAUGGAGAUCAAGACCAUUGUUUCCCGGCUGCUGCGAAGCUUCCAGCUGCUCCCGGUGUCCGGGAAGACCACCGUGGAGCCCACCUUCCGGAUCACCCUGAGAGCCUCCGGCGGACUGUGGGUGCGCCUCAAGCCCCGCGACGAUCCGCUCAAGGAUCACUGA